CCGCGGUCCAUCCCAAGCCUGUCUGUGCAUCCGUCAACGACCCUCACAAGCCUUCCUCAAGACUAUCCACGACAAUGCCCAAGGCCACUACCGGAAAGAAGGUUGCGCCCGCCCCUGGGUCGCGCAAGACGACCAAGACCCAGAAGAACCCUCUGUUUGAGGCUCGCCCGAAGAACUUCGGUAUUGGCCAGGACAUCCAGCACAAGACCGACCUCACGCGCUUCGUCAAGUGGCCGCAGUAUGUGCGCCUGCAGCGCCAGAAGGUCAUCCUCCACCAGCGCCUCAAGGUGCCCCCCGCGAUCGCGCAGUUCUCGCACACGCUCGACAAGAACACUGCGACGCAGCUGUUCAAGCUCCUGAACAAGUACCGCCCCGAGUCGAAGCAGGAGAAGAAGGCCCGUCUCGAGGCCACCGCCCAGGCGACCGCGGAGGAGAAGGAGGCGCAGGCAAAGGACUCGAAGAAGCCGCUUUUCGUCAAGUACGGCCUUAACCACACCGUUGCGCUCAUCGAGGCGAAGAAGGCGUCGCUCGUCGUCAUCGCGCACGACGUCGACCCCAUCGAGCUCGUCGUGUUCAUCCCCGCGCUCUGCCGCAAGAUGGGCGUGCCCUACGUUAUCGUCAAGGGCAAGGCCCGCCUCGGCACGGUCGUCCACAAGAAGACGGCUGCUGUCCUCACCCUUCAGGACGUGCGCAGCGAGGACCAGCGCGAGCUCAGCACGCUCGUCUCCGCUGCCAAGGCGAACUUCUCUGACAAGUACGAGGACCAACGCCGCCAGUGGGGUGGAGGCAUCCGUGGCAACAAGUCCGCGCAGAUGCUCCGCAAACGCGCCAAGGCUGCCGGCCAGACCCUCUCGCUGGCCAACGCGCAGAAGCUCUGAGCGACCUACGUACAAACCGUCGAAGGGCAUCAUGUCGGUGGUCGUCGGAAGGUGCUUUUAUAGGUCACAAAAGGCGCAAUGUCGUCCUCGCUAUGCAUUGCUGCUGCUUGCCGCUACAUGUUGUAUGCUGUUAUGCUAUGAGAUGGAGAUGAUCUACCUCUACCCCCUGUGCCGUCGCGUGAACGUCUGUUGAGCUGCCGGACAAGCUGGUCAUUCUAUGAUAUCGCAUCCCG